AUGUCGGGACCCUACGCAGCCGGACUUGGAAAAAGGAAACGAGAAAGGUCAGCAAGUGAUGAAAUUUUUUUUUCUGAUGAAUCCACGCAAAGCUCUGCACCUAUAAUAAAAAGGAAAACAACCCGAGUGACUCAUGCUGAUGCUGAAAUUAUUCCUAAAUUUCGGCCAGAAGAUGGCACAGCCAAUGUCACCAGCUGGCUACAUAAAAUUGACCAACUUGGUGAUGUCUACGGUUGGGAUUCGGUGCAGAGACAAUUCGUUAUGCAGCUUCGUCUACGAGGUUCAGCCAGACGAUGGUACGAUGAGCUCGACGAUUACAAUCUUGAAUGGGAUGCAUGGAAACGAGCUCUAGAGAUUGCAUUUCCACGUUCAGUUGACUUUGUGGAUAAAUUAAGCACUAUGUUGGCUAGAAAUAAGGAGGAGUCUGAAACGAUGACCCGUUAUUAUCACGACAAGCUAUCACUGCUACGAAAAUGCAACAUCAGUGGCGAAGAUGCAAUUUCUUGCAUAAUAAGAGGGCUUCCGGUAGAAUUGCGUGCUAAUGCUAAAGCGUAUAAGUGCGAGACACCAGAAAUGUUGUAUUUUGGAUACCUAUCCUCUCUAGAAAAUUAUAAGAGAGAUAAUAUCUCAUCUUUAACUUCUCGGAAAUCAUCGUGGCGGAGGGGUGCCGCGGAAGAAAACUCUACGACUGCUCAUCGCUCUGGAGUGAAACGGUGCUACAUUUGUCGGCGCAUCGGACACGAGUUUCGUGAUUGUCGAGCACAACAACGGUGUGACAUCUGCCAGCGGAACGGUCACACUUCGGCAAGCUGCUGGCUGGCCGCCACGCCGGGACCAUCGCGACAACAGGUGCAGCCGACUCCGGUGAGUUUACUGAUGCUUAAUUUAAAUGACAAGUUCUGGAGCAUUUACAAGCGCCUAGCAUUUGUUGGUACCUCGAGUUUAGUUGUUUAUAUUGAUACAGGCAGCAAAUUAAAUGUGUUAAGCUUAAAGAAAGCGAAAGAACUGGAGCUUCAAAUAUUACCGUCUAAUAUAGUAAUGAAAGGUUUUGGAGGAGCUCAUACUCAAUCAUUAGGCAGGUCACACAUUAAAAUAUACAUAGAUAAUUUGUACUUGAAAGGAGACGUCGAGGUAACUAACUGUAAUAUGUGUAAUAUAGAUUUAAUAAUUGGGCAAUCCAUGAUUAAUCAAAUAGGUGUCACGAAAUCGCGGCUGGUACAAUCCGGCCUGGUCAAAAUAAAAUUAACUGCGUUACAGAAUAUCCACGACCUAAGAACGUACAUGAGAUAA